AUGGCCAAGAGCCCGUGUGGUUCCACGCCAACAAUGAACGCCUUCAGCAGCUCCCCAGUAGCCUUCCUCAGCUGGGACACCGUCAGCUACCAAGAUACUCCAGGUGCCUCACAGGGCAUCCCUGCUCUGAGCAGACUGCCUGUCCGACCUGCAACAUAUUCCGGUUGUUUCAACUGCAGCAAAUUCUCUGAGCUUUUGGCAAAAGUCAACCUCCUGGAAGCCAAGGUAGCAACGUUCACGGCAGGUGAAUCCGGUCCUUCGGCUGUAUCUCGACGAUGCUUGACCGCCUCGGGCGAUGCUGCCCCCGACCCUUUGAAUCUGUGGCCCUCUCAGGCCACGCAAGGAAAACCCGGAGAAGAACGUGGGAUGGGAAAAUUGGCUUCCCAAGGGCCCCCGGGCCCCAUAGGGCCUAAGGGGGACGCUGGGAUCCGGGGCCCUUCGGGCAUUCCUGGAGUCAAGGGCCCUGUUGGACCGCAGGGUCCUGUAGGUCCACCUGGUCCACCAGGACAAGAUGGGGCCAGGGGCUUUCCUGGUGAGAAGGGUCUCCCAGGACCCCCGGGACCUCCGGGACCCCCGGCUCCAGUCGGGCCCCAAAUUUCACCAAUCCCAGAUCAAGGAGAUUUGCUUCUCUCCAACUCCUUCCCAGAAACGGCUGUAACUGGUCCAGCUGGACCUCCGGGACUUCCGGGCCCAACAGGUCCUCCAGGACCUGCUGGAAAACCAGGCUCUCCGGGCCGUGACGGAAUUCCAGGAUCACCAGGUACUGACGGAGCUGCUGGUACCCUUGGACCGAAAGGCGAGAAGGGGGAAUCAGGUCUCAAGGGUGACCCAGGCGAGAAGGGGUCCUGGGGGGAGGGUUUACACCAGCUCCGAGAGGCUUUGAAGAUUUUAGCAGAAAGGGUUUUAAUCUUGGAGGCCAUGAUUGGGCUGCAUGAACCAGAUCUGGGAUCCGGCUUUGAUCCGGCCACUACGGGCGUUUCCGGCUACGAUCGCAAUAAGCGCAACGAGAACAUGGCGGCCUACCGGGUGAGCUCACACCAUCUUUCUCGGAAGGGAGAGGAGAGGAAGAAAUGAAGGUGGUUCCGCCCACCAUCUGGCAAAGAAGAAGAAUCACGUCUGGACUGAAGGACCUCCGAGGUGGAGGCUCCCCUCCUCCUCCUCUUCCCUCUGCCUUGGACCAGUGGUGAAGGAGACGGUGGGGUGGGGGGGGCUGUUCGAUGAACCAGGUUGGGGACGGGACCCUGCCAGCAAACCCUCCUCUGUAUUUAUUUGUUCUUUUCACACGGGGGAAUUUGUUCCUGCUAUGGAACCAAUAGGAAUAGAUGCUGUGGCAGAGG